AAAAAUAUUAUUGUAAUUUAAUUAUUACAGUUGUCAUUUAGUGUCAGUUUAUUGUGAAGGUAGUGUUCAAAGUUGUAAAGAAUGGGAGAACAAUUAUUCUAUUUUUCACGACCUAAAAACUCUAGCUUAGAACCCUGUGUCUGUGAGAAGUGUGAUGGUGUCAGAAUAGCUGUUUACGGAGUCGUUCUCCUAUCACUCACCAUCAUCUUGAUGUUCAUAGCUAUAUGCUGCCUGUGCUACAUCAUAUACAGAAUGAGAAAUACGAGAUACAAAGAAAUUUCAAAAGACAAUGUACCAAUAAGCAAUGAUUAUGUUCGACAAUCGUCGAAUGAAAAUGCCGAACCGACGUCAAUGAAAAUAAUAAAUUUCGACAGCCCUUUCAAGUCGACCGACACGUUACCGAUCGUCGCACCUGACGUAAAAGACAAACCAAAGCCGGAACCAAAACCAAUGAUAAAACCUGACAGGCCAGAGUAUCCGAAGCCAGCUAACGGAGUAAAACUUCACAUGCAACCUGUCAUCACACCAGAUCAGAUGAACAAAGUCUGCGUUGAAGUAUUGAAAAAAAUGAAACGCAAUCAGUCCACAAGUCUGACGCAUCUGAACGAAUUGAUGAAACACAAUGAGGAGCAUCCUGAUAAAUCCGAAUUUGAAGCUGAUUGCGAAUAUGACGUGCUACCGAAACAGCCAGAAAUAGGCGACGAUGUGUACGAUUGCCCACCGAUGAGUAACAAUCAUGAUGACGAUGACAGACAAGAUUAUUACGACAACGUGCCCAUUCGUGAAGAGACGUAUGCCAACGUUAAGUUCAUCCACGGAAUCCAUUCUAACCAUACUGCGUUAUAGAGUUAGAAAUUGGUCUAUUGAAAUUAGUGUUUCAAAGAAUACAGUCAAGUUGCAUGAUGCAAUGAUUACAGAAGUUCUUGUCUUGGACGAAAUCGAUGAAGGGUGACUUUUAAUCACACUUGUUUAUAAUUUAUAUAGUAAGGUUUGUAUCAUAAGUAAAUAGGUCACUGUACGGACUAUUACUAUUGGGGGAAUAGUAAAAGGAAUGGUUGGUAUAUGCUGAGCUUAAGUAAGCAUAAUAAUUGAGAAGAGGAAAAAUGUAUGAAUCUUCAUGAAUCAUCUUCAUGAAUCUUUAUUAAUGUCAUUGAUCGUAUAAAACAUCAGCGAAGAUAUCAUCAUGGCGAAUUUCUGUAAGAUAUUGGCAACAUCCCAGGCGAGCUGGGAAAUUCAUUUUGUAGGCAAAAUUGAGUAGCACGGCUUACAAAGCUGGCUAGAUUGGUAUAGCUUUAAAUAUUAUUAUUCAAAUAUAUUAUUAGAGAUGUUUAUUAUAGUGAGGCUAAAAGAAACUGACAUUUCAGAAGUAUUUUUAUAUGUGAACAGCAAAGUGAACCUCACUGCAACUGGUGAGGUGGAUGUGGAGUACACUCCAAUAGAAUGUAGACUAACGAAAGUUGAUUACUGUUUGGCUAUCGACAAAAUUAGUGACAAAUAGGAGUGACGCUAUAAUGUAAUAUUAAUGCUUCUACAUUUAACCCGUGCACUGUCAGUUUAGUAUCACACCCUUGCCGUUAUCCCUAAGGAGUAAGUAGAGGCACAACUGGUGCAUCCAUUUUCCGCCGCUUGUAUUUCGUCCCAUGAUAAGGGGCGAACCUAUCACUAUAUCGGAUGCGAAUUCGAAAUUACGAUCUAAUACUGAGUAGAUACCUGAUAAUUAUGCCGUCUGAUAAUUAUGCCGUCCUGUUGGAAUCGAAUAUACCCAAGCUGACCCCGGAACGCGACACUUACGUGGGCCACUAUGGCGGGUUUUAACACCUUGUGUACCAAAUAUGGAUCUAAUUCUUUUGCAUUAAUCUACCUUUAUUUUAAAUCCUAUAUCUAUCUUGCUUACAUAAGCUUAAGUCGUGAAGAAAUACCUUCGUUUAUUAACAUUUUAUGCAAACCUAUUGGGAUGAAAAUGACUUAAAAACAGGAUAAAAUUGAUUUCAGGUAAUUUCUAUCAAUCUUCUUUAGUUAAUCUUCUAAUAAUGUUGGUUUCUUUUUAACAGUAAAUGGCAUUCAACUGUAAAAUUCUUUAGUUAUUAAGUUUCAUUGUAAAUAAUAUUGUAUUAUAGUUAAAUAAAAGUAAAAUAGAUAUUAUGUAGACAAUAAACUCACCUAUAAAUAAACUUUAGUAAUAUUAUGACGCCAGGUUUUGGCAUUUUCUUCACGUCAAAAUAAUUUAUUGGCAUAGUCUAUCCUUAAUUAAAAACGUGUAAUAUUAUAUUGAAGUGUUAAAGUCUGACCUGGAAAAUAAAAAACCUCGCUAUGUUGCGGUGAAUAGAACUUAUUUAUUCAAAAACAAAAAUCAAAAGUGACGCGCUCAGCCCGGUUUUCCAUUAUCUUGGUCAAACUAUACAAUAUAUACUAUAAUACAUGUCAAUACAUUAACGAUACGUUAUGAGAAUAAAUUUUAUAAUAAAAGUC